AUGCCAGGUAAAGAAAAGAUUGACAUGUUGAGAAGACCAAAGACAGGUGGGGGUCCGGCGCCUUCUUCUUUAACAGCUUCCGAGGACGCUCUGAUGCAGGCCUUUGAAGGGCGACCACAGAUAAGCGGACUGCCGGAUGGCAUAGACACAGACGCAACUGAUGGUACAAACAAAAAUAAGAUGAAUGUAAAUUUAACAGAAAUUGACAACGGCACGGCUUCUGCCUGUACAUCUUCUGUCUGUACAUCUUCUGCCUGUAUAUCUUCUGCCAUCUCUGAAUCUGCUACCCCCAAGACUGCAGCCACUGGCCAUCAAGUCUCUUCUAAAAAGCCAAAGAGAAAAGGAAUCAAGGAUGCGUAUAAAGAAGAAGAUUUGGAGAAUAUGAAACUGGAUAAUAAAAAAAUUAAGCUCCAUAUUGAGAAAUUGAUAAUUGAAAAGCAGAAACUACAGGCAGAAAAGGAAUUAAUUGAAAUUAAGAAGGCGUUUUUGGUCCGUCAGUUCGAGGAGCGAUAUCCAAAUUCGAUUAUUUAUACAAGUAAUUCAAGUCUGGGUAAUGAAUUGUAA